AUGGCCGUUGCAAUUAGUGGCAAUUUUGAGGCUUUAGUUGGAUUCCGACCGAUGGAAGAUAUCGUUCAAUUUAUUGAACGGAUCCCCGUUUUUGCAGAGGAAGUUUUGGGGUUAGGAAAGGAGCUGUCUGAGAUGGUUAUCUCUGCCAGUGCAAAAGAAGACCGCAAAGGCACAUACAAGUCGAUGCUUGAGCGAAUUAUGGGGCUAUCUGCAGAAGCCCUCAAGCGGUCGCUUGAUGGGCUGAUGAAGUUUUUUACGACACAGCGAGAUAUGCUGCCCCAUAAAGAGGUCUUUUUCAAACUAUCUCGCGAAUUUCCGGGAGACGUUGGCAUCUUGUUUGCCUUUUUGUUGAACCAUAUUGUCCUUAAGGAGGGAGACUGCAUCUUCUUAGGAGCCAAUGAGCCGCAUGCUUAUCUUUCUGGAUCAUGUAUCGAAUUGAUGACAUGUAGCGACAAUGUGGUGCGGGCUGGACUGACGCCAAAAUUCAAGGACGUUCCCACUCUGGUUGAAAUGUUGACAUACGAGGGCACAUCUCCACAAAGGUUCUAUGUUCGAAAAUGCGUUUCCGACUCGCCAUGUACGAUCCUAUACAGACCUCCUAUUGAUGACUUUGCCCUUGAAGAGAUUUCGGUGUCAUCCUCAGAAAGUAGCCAUACAUUUGAUUCCGAGUCGUUGCUUUUGGUUACCGAAGGCCAAGGAAUGCUUUUGACCGCGGAAAAUGAAAAAUAUGCCCUAUCGGCUGGCUCUUCUUUGUACUUGUUCCCUGAAACACAUUUUAGCCUGAAAAACGGGGAACCCUCGCGCCCAUUGAAAGUCUUCAGGGCUUUCAAGCCGAAAUAA